AUAAACAUAACCAAAUUGGAUAGGAUUUGUCAUCUGGUUUACUUUUGUUUUGGGAAAAUUGAAUACUAAAUACAGAUAUUUCCGGUAUUGGUAGUACUGCUACACAAAUUCAAUAAUAACCUAUUAAGUAGGAAAUGAUAAGAUGCCCAAAGUUGUGUCCAGGAGCAUAGCUUGUUCAGAUACAAAAGAUCAAGAGGAAUAUGGAGACGAAAAACCUCUACAUAUUUAUUAUUGCCUAUGUGGACAGAUGACUCUAAUUUUAGAUUGUUCCAUUGAAAAAUUACCUUUACGUAAAAGAGAUGGGGCAAGAGUGUUGGAUGGAACAAAUCAUGCUCAUAAAAUGACUUGUGAUCCAGAUGAGACUGUAUAUCUGAAAAGGCCUCAAGGUAUAGAACGACAAUAUCAACUGAAGUGUAAAAAAUGUUCGCUUCUUCUUUAUUACAAACAUGAACCAGAAAGUCCAGUAAGUUUCAUUGUGAAAGGGUCACUCAUCACAUCGACUAAAGAAGGACCAAUCACGGAUAUUUACAAUCAAGUAGCAAUUGAACAGCCAAAGAAAAUCAUGGUAACAAAACACACAAAAAAUAUGGGUAAAUUCAGUUCUGUUACAGUUUCUACAAUAGAUGAAGAGGAGGAUGAAAUCGAAGCAAGAGAAGUUGCUGAUAGUUAUGCAAAUAAUGCAAGAAUUAUUGAGAAACAACUUGAAAGAAAAGGAAUGAACAAGAGAAAGUUAGAACCAAACAAAGUACAAGAUGUGAAGAAAAUAAGAGGAACUCUAAUAGAUAAAUGAUGAUCAAUAUAUUUUGUUGUUCUAAAUAAAUCGAAGAUUAUUAAUAAUAAAGAAUUUAUGAAUUAAAAAAUAAAAACAUU